AUGAUGAUGAAUGAUGACCAAUGGAAUUUGCAUUCCGACGUAUUCGAUAACCAUCAACAGUUGACACCUUCAUGGAUGCCAUUAGUACAAGCAGAGGAAAAGAAGUUUAAAGACCCACAGUCCGGAGUCAUCACUGGCAAUUAUGCACAAAUGGCGAUUAUUACCAUCAAACUCAAAGAUUCGUUUGCUCAAAAGGAUUAUGCCAAAAUUUUGAAAGCUGUUGGUGAGGUUCCAGAAAUUAUUACCAAAUUAUCGAAUGGCAGUGACGCUCCUAACGAUGAAGAUGAAUUACCACCUGUGAUGGCAAGUGUUGGGUUAUCUACUCGAUUUUGGCAUCAGCUUGCAUUGAAGGAUCCAAAAACGUUCCACAAACCUGAUGGUUACACUGCAGAUUUUGACACCAAGAGUGGAGAGUUUGGAUCCAUGCCUUUCAAAGAAAGUGAAAUUGUAUUGCAUGUGAAAGCUAAAUCUACGUCAUUGUGCUAUGAGACCAUUCAUGAUUUCAUUAAUGCACUUCCAAAAGACUCUAUUGAGAAUGUGCAAGAACAUUACGGUUUCAUGUACCAAGAUUCCAGAGAUUUAACCAAGUUCAUUGAUGGCAUAGUCAAUCCAAGUGGUGUUGAAGAUCGUCAAGAAGCAGCCCUUAAUAAUUCAGGAGGAAGUUUUUUAUUACACCAAAAGUGGGUGCAUCAUCACAAUCCAGAUUCCAAGUACACAGUGAAGCAACAAGAGGAAUUUGUUGGAAGAGAACGAGCAUAUGGAGCUGAAAUUUCACAAUUGCCACCCACUUCACACGUUGCUAGGAUGAGAAGACCCAAUGGAGAUAUCAUUCCAAUUCUUAGACAAUCAUUUCCAUUUGGAACGGUCACAGGAGAUCAUGGACUACUUUUCAUUUCAUAUUCAUCAAAUACUGACAAAUAUGAAACUUUAUUGAAUGCCAUGGUUGGAAAGGUGCAUGGCAAACACAAUGAUGCUAUUAUGAAAUUCUCGAAUUGUGAAUAUAGCAAUUAUUACUAUGUUCCCUCACGAGAAGAAUUGGAAGUUAUCAAAUCAAAAUAUACCCGAUUGUAA